AACAUUAAGGUGCCAGUAGAUAAGAGGAACACAUUUUGACUGUUAAUUCAGACAUUAAAAAUGUUUUGCAGACAAUCUGCACAUCAUGCCCAGGAUCUGCCAUUAUUUGAAACACGAUUUAUCAAUAUAUUUAUUAUAUGUAAUGUAUAAUAUAUAAUAAUAAUAUAAUUAUAAUAUCCCACAUUCCCUGUUUUCCCCAAGCUUACAUGUAUUUUUCCAGCUUAAUCAACAAACACAAAAAUGCAUGUUGUUCAAGUGGAUUACAAUAGUUUUUUUGGCAGGAAGCGUAUGUGCUUUUGUGUGUGCUAUUUAGACCUCUACACACAGAAAGCACUUUCUAGAAAAAGCAAAAAUACUCUGACUGUUGGGCGACAGUUGGGAGAGUGUAACGGUGAUGUAAACCGAAUGCCCCACUGUCCACUGAACGCUUCAGAUAGAUCUGCUGAGUUCGGCUUUUGCUCUGGAACAGGAGACAUGGUGCGCAUCUUUCGUUGCGACAACACGCUGACGUCCCAGGGACACGAGAAAACCCCGACUGACUUCGGUUCGAGAGGGAACACGAGCUAUGUUUACGUCCGCGCUUCGACGGAUUCGGUGGACGGCCAGUUGCUGAGCCAGUUGCAGCGCCUGGCCGCGGGCGAGCAGGGAACGACAUGUCAAGCCGCUUAUCCAGAGAUGGAGCCCCAGGACAUGCGACUCACCACGUUCAGCACGUGGCCCACGAGCUCUGCCAUCCAGCCCGAUACACUGACGCGCGCUGGCUUCUUUUACACAGGUCAUAGUGAUAGCGUGAAGUGUUUCUUCUGUGAUGGUAGUUUGAGGAACUGGGAGCCAGGAGAUGAUCCGUGGGAGGAACAUGCCAAGUGGUUCCCACGAUGUGAAUAUUUAAUCCAGUCAAGAGGAGCAGAGUACAUUAACAAUGUACAGAGGUCAUACUUCAACACAUCAGAGCUGGAAAAUGAAUCCCAGAAUUCAAUUGCAAGAAAUAUUACCACUGGACAUGAUGUGCUGAGUGGACAGAGUGCACCAGCAGCAACCGUGUUCAUGCCAGUGGUGCAGGCGGUGGUCCAGAUGGGUUUUGAGCAAGCAGUAGUUGAGAGGUUGGUUCAGUCUCACUUCCAGCUUACUGGCCGUCAUUACACUUCUGUCUCUGACCUGGUGGCCGAUGUCCUGCAAGCUGAAGAGGAGGGACAGCAGGGGAAUGGUUGCAACACAGAGCUUGUGGUGAGGCAGAACAGCAAUGCCCAUGGAAUGAAACUGCAGACCACAUUUGAAGAGAAAGUUUUGGUGACCAUGAGUGCUGAGGAACAGUUGAAGCAGCUUCAGGAGGAACGAACCUGCAAAGUAUGUAUGGACAAACCCGUGUCCUUGGUAUUUAUCCCCUGCGGUCACCUGGUUGUGUGUUCUGAGUGUGCAGCUAGCCUACAACACUGUCCUAUCUGUAGAGCAGUGAUACGUGGCAGCGUGCGUGCCUUCAUGUCUUGAGGACUACACAUAUACCUGCACAACUAUGAGGCGGUCCUGAAUAGGAUCCUCUAAAAACGAGUUAUCCCUGAAGUAUUUAAAAGUAUUUAAGGCUACCAAUUAGACCAAAGUCUCCCAAACACCUGAUUUAACUGGUUAGAUAUUUACCAGCCUUUUUGAAGUGGAUAUAUAAUAGCAGGGAAAACACUAAAAUGUGAACAAAAGGAAGCAAUCCGGGAUUGUGAACUUGUGAUGAAGACAGCAAAAUGUUUACACAAUAAAAUUAAAUGUAAUCAA